AUGUCGGAACCAAGCCCACAAUCUACGAUAGCCAUUGCCAAUCUACUCAGGACUCAUAGCGACUUGAAGCAAAGACAAGGAUUGUUCCAAUCGCGUUUAGUUGACUUCUUCCGUUAUAAAAGAUUUGUUAGAGCUUUGAAAAGUGAUAAAUAUAAGGCAAAGUCCAAAAAACAACCCGAAUUGUACCCCGCUGUGACAAGCGAUGAAGAUGCUCGUAACAUUUUUGUUUCCUUAAUCAAGGCCCAAUUUGUCGUACCAGCGGUUAAAUUACAUUCUGCAGAAUGUAAAGAACAUGGUCUAAAGCCAAACAAAUCAUAUCCAAACUUAUUAUUAUCGAAUAAAGCGACUCUACAACCAGAUGAAUAUUACGUCUGGUCUUAUAAUCCAAAAUCAAUUUAUGAUUACUUGACUGUGAUCGGUAUCAUAGUCGGUGUGCUAGCAUUCGUGUGUUACCCAUUAUGGCCUCCAUAUAUGAAACGUGGUACUUACUACUUAUCCAUUGCAGCAUUGGCACUUAUCGGUGUAUUCUUUGGUAUUGCAAUUGUGAGAUUGAUAGUUUACUUGUUGUCAUUAGCUGCAGUUAGCGAGAAGGGUGGGUUCUGGCUCUUCCCAAACUUGUUCGAAGAUUGCGGUGUUAUAGAAAGUUUCAAACCGCUAUAUGGAUUUGGUGAAAAGGAAUGCUAUAGCUUCCUGAAGAAAGAAAAGAGAAAGCAUAGAUCAGUUGCAAAGAAGCAAAAAUAA